CUUUUUAAAAAUAUAUAUAUUCCAUUAAACCUGCUGAGAUACAAGGAGCGUGAACUGGAAUUCUCAGUUCCACUUGAUUCCAGUCGCAUAUCCGGGAAACUCAUGAAUAUGCAUGUAUGCUCCGCCCACUGAAACCGAAAAUCUCGGAAACCAAAAAUCUCGUAACACCGCCGCACCAUUUGAACCGAGUGCGCGGAUUUUUCUGGAGUUGAAAAGGCAGUCACAGUAUCCUACCUCAAAAUCUUCACAAAGCACCACCUGUCCCCUUUAAUACAUCUAGUACGCCUUCCAGUCCUCUACGCCACUCCUCUGUUGGACAUGUUCCAGAUCUGACGCAUCCUGAAGAUGGUUACACAGAGCCUCCAGCUGCUAGGUCUUCUUCUCACAUGCCAUCGAGCUCUAUGGACCAGAUCUCUGCCAUGUUUCUGUCAAAUGAGCAUUCCUUUAGGCCCACAUUUAGACUGGGGAAUACAGGCACUGGACCUAUUCCUUGCUCUGCUGCUCAGCUGCACAUCCUAACGUUAUUGGAACAUGUGAAGGAACAACAAAUGCAGCUUGCUGCUGCUGUCAAUAAUCUUUCUGCACGACUGGGGACAGAGACUCCUGUGGCUGAAAUGCCUCAUCACAUCAGUAUCCCACUGGCCACUAUGCCUGAAGUUGAGGAGUUUGAGGAGUGGCUUAAAGAUUCAAGAAACGCACAGGCUAAACAAAACAUGAUAUCUGCGCUGGGUGGCAUCGGGGGACAAAACACCAAAAAAGUAACGUGGAACAUACUCUCAAGUGUUUUCUCCGAUGCAGUAGCCAAACAGAUAAACUGGAAGGGAGUCAAUGGGAAGAAGUGCUUUAAGGAAAUGCAAACAAGAAGUUUGCUGAUCAGAGCUGUAAGGAAUAACCAGUGUUUUACCAGUGCAACAGAUAGUGAAAUAGAUUCUCACAACAUCCGUUGGUUCGAUCUUGCCUCUGACCGUGGCGGCGGCCGGAAAGAACGUGCAAGAGCCAAAGAGGCAUUAACUGAGAUGCCUGGGAAUUAAACUGCAUGUCUGUAGCGGUUUGUAAUACCAGCGCAUUCCUACCUGUCCUGUUUGGUUCUUUGUGGUGUUUAUGGUUCAUCAUGUGAAGUUAUUUUGUUUAGAUUAUUUUAUUUUAUUUUUUUUAUUUCUUUGCCAACUUUCCCUGCCUUUUUUCUGCUGAAGACCACAUUUUUGGCUGAUGAAUAUUAAAUCUA